CAUCGCAUGCAUCAAACGUAAUACACAAGGGAUCAAACUCAGUGCGUAUGUAACACAACGAUUCUAAUUUCGUUCUGAAAAUUUAAAUCACUAGAUCGGCACAGUGCUCUGGCGCACGGGUGAUCGAUUAGUUGUUUACGUGACCAUAGCAACGACCAGGAAGAUAUGUAACCGUAUUCGGCACGUACCUUAGAGAGAAUUAUGUUAUUAUAGCAAGUGGAAAAGACUGAAAUCUGUGCGUGUUAAAGUCAUAAGAGAACCGCAAAAGGAUGUCCCAGCAUUGGCAUGGCCAUUGGACGGAAGAAACGUUCACUGCGAAAAGAUUGCGAAAUUGGGAAGUGUCUAAAUGGUACCCUAGUUGGCCAGACAGACAUUGUGGCGCUACAAAAUUUAUCACAAAUGACAAUGGACAUAUAUUGGACAGCACUAGAAAAGCUAAAUGCUCAUCAUGGGGAACAUAUAAGAGUACGUGGGAUUUGCCAAAAAGGAUUACUAGAAGCAUAGCAGAAGAAUUAUCAGCAACACCUCAAUACAAGAAAGAAAUAUGGGAAUUGCAUAAGAAGAAACAUGAAGAUCUGUGUAAAGAGAUGAAGCAACCAAAGAAAAAGACAGAAAUAAGAAAAGAAAUCAAGUCAAAGACAGAUAAGACAGUAAAGACAGAUCAAACAGAUAAGAUACAAGAAUUAAGACAACAUUCAGAUAUAGAUCAAUAUUCAGUACAACAUUCAGAUAUAGAUCAACAUUCAGAUGUAGAUCAACAUUCAGUACAACAUUCAGAUAUAGAUCAACAUUCAAAUCAACAUUCAGAUUUAGAACAAGAUCCAGAUUUUUGUAUAAAUGUUAAGAAGAAUGAAGAAGAUUAAAAGAACAAAUUAUAUUUCUUAAUUUAUACCCUGUGAGGCGA